AUUGAAGAAGUUGGUAGCGCAAGUUAUGGAUCCCUCGUUGAAUUACCCUCAAAUUUACAAAUCUCUCAGUAGUGACGCUAAAAAGAAAUUAAGUGAUAUCAGUAAAUACGACGAACAAGCAAAUGAUUAUGCUUGUGUGGCGAAAAGUUUGGCCGUUCAAGACUGUCAUGAAUUAGCUGCAGUUUUCUUACUGGGCAAAGCAAGAUGUGAAUUUGCCGCUAAAAAUGUAACCGCUGAAGCAUCCACAUUAUUUACAGCAGCAAAAUAUUUUAUACAAGCUGAUGAUAAAUUAAUAUCAACUAAUUCUAUUAAUUAUGAAGAGAAUUUAAAUUGUGCCAUACUUUGUUUAUUAAGAAUAGCAAGAAUUUAUGAAUUGAAUGAAUUAUUCAGUUUAGCAACAAAUGUUUACAUUUAUCUGGUGGAUACAUUAAUGAGACGACAUAAAUUUCAUCAAACAAUACCUUAUAUUAAACGUGCCAUAGAAAUUGUCUCAAAAGAUAUUCUAUUAAGUUUAGAAUUAUACAAACGACUAAGUUAUUGUCAAUUGUCUAUACAUGAUUGGCCUGGUGCUUUGAAUACCAUUCUAUUGAUACAAAAUUUAGUCAAAGAACAAUUGACAUUGAAUUCAUUCGAUCUCUACAUACAAUAUUGGAAUAUUUGUGAAAUAUUUCGUGUACUACUUAUUCUACUUUGUAUACCACCUUCUCAUAGAAUAAAACAUGAUUUGAAUUUAUCUGGUUAUUCUUUGAAACAAUACAAUGUGAUCAGCGUAAAUGAUGAUGACAAUAAGGAUGAGAAUGAGAAUGAUGCUCAUGGGGAUGAUGAUGAUGAUGAAACAAGGGAAGAUUCACUUCAAUCAACAAUGUAUAUGAAUAAUAAUUUAUUUAUUCUGUUACAAUCGUUUAUAUUAGCGCAUCAAUCAAACGAUCUUGUAGAAUUAGAAUCAUUGUCAGUGAUGCUUCAAUCAUUUGUCAAUUUAGAACAACGUGAAUUAAUCAGUUUAAUUCUACGCGAAGUUGUUCGAGUGGAUACAUAAUGAAAAAAAGAAGAAGCCAGACAAGAAUAAUCAAUCUGUCAACAUUUUCAAACAACCAAACCAACAAAAGCAAACUUCCUCACCUUCCGUGUCCCUGUGACUGCCUGUCUGAAAAAAACCCUUCAACUACUACUACUACUGUUACAAUGGAUUCACUUCCUUGUUCUUGUGUCAUAUUGAUGUGAUAUUUUCUUCUUCUCCUUUUUUUCUAUUCAUUCUUUUCCUCAAUAAACUUGAAUUAACUCCAAUCAAUUUAGUUUUUAAUGGGCUUUUUUAGUCAGCCAUUGUAGGGCACCAUCAUCAUGUGUGGAAUGUGAAUUGACAAUUGCAUCUCUCUGUGUGUGCUAUUAUGGUGGGUGGUAUGGGCAACAUGAACUGUGAUGUACGAAGUUUUUUACGUUGUAACUGACUGAAUGACCAUAUCAUAGAGAUUGUUGAAUUUUUAUAAUUACAC